AUGACGGUCUCUAGAAGAAAUAGCAGCUUUCGGGCGGCUGCAGUUUGGUUACUAGCCACUGUAUCUUAUGCUGGCCCAACGGUCAGGGUCACCAAUGGAACAUAUGAAGGCCUUCAUUUGCCGCAAUUCGGUCAAGACAUAUUCCUUGGGAUUCCGUACGCCCAGGACACUGGAAGAGAGAAUCGAUUUAGAGCCCCGCAGGCGCUCAACGAGACAUGGAACGGGACGCGCCUUGCCCAGACAUACAGCAAUGCUUGCCCUGACUUCCAGCCGGACGCUGAUGCGGCAUACGGCAUGGGCGAGGAUUGCCUCAGUAUCAACGUGGUUCGGCCGACAGGAAUACCGGAGAACAGAACACUGCCUGUUGCCGUAUGGAUCCAUGGUGGCUCAUACCAGGUCGGAACGAGUGGUCUGCCCAACUACAACCUGACGUGGCUUGUACAGCGAUCCGUAGAGAUUGGGAAGCCAAUUAUUGCGACCAGUAUCAACUACAGGAAAGGUGGUUGGGGCAUGUUGUACUCCAGGGAGAUCCAAGGAAGCGGCGAAACGAAUCUAUCUUUGAGGGAUAUGCGAAAAGCACUGGCCUGGAUCUCUGAAAAUAUCUCAGGCUUUGGCGGUGAUAAGAAUAGUGUUACCAUCUGGGGAGAGUCGGCGGGAUCGUUUGCUGUGGGUCAACUCGUCAUUUCCUACGGUGGUCGAACAGAUGGGCUUUUCCAUCGCAGUAUUCAAGAGUCGGGAUCUGCUGCGACCGCGUGGUACAACGGCUCCGACUGGUAUCAGCCAAUCUACGACAAGAUUGUGCGGCAAACAAACUGCACCGACUGGCCUGAUACACUUUCUUGUCUCCGAACUGUCCCUUAUGAGACCAUCUUUCCUUUCCUCGAUUCAUCCAAAGUCGGCGGACCAGGAUUUUACCCAACGGUGGACGGCGACAUCAUACCGAACUAUCCCACUGAGCUGCUUCACUCCGGCCGCUUCGCGCACAUACCUCAUAUCUACGGCUCAAACAGCGACGAAGGGACCGACAAUGCACCAACAAAGAUCUUCAAUACUGAUCAGGACAUCUAUGACUACCUCCUCGGCAGCACAGGCUACGACUUUCCCCCCGAUGUUGUCCGCAAGAUAAUGGAAUUAUAUCCGGACGACCCAGCACAAGGCAUCCCACUGAAUACAGGAGAAGAGCGCUUCGCUGAGCAAGGAUACCAGUACAAGCGUGCGGCCGCUAUCAUCGGCGACGUGUUCUACCACGCUACUCGCCUGGAUGACGCCCGCCACUACGCGAAGUACUCACCCACCUAUGUCUACCGCUUCAAUACAAGGCCGUUCGUGAACGGUACGAAUGCUACCUUCACCGACUACAUCGGCGGACUAGCUCCCGCGUACAAGGGCGUCCAGCACUUUAGCGAAGUAGCGUUUAUCUUUGGCAAUCCGCAAUUCGUCGGGCCGUGGGAAGAGUACAAGGCGUUGAGCGAGCAGAUGAGCGCGCAAUGGAUCCACUUUGUCAACGGCGGCGAUCCGAAUGGCGAGGCGUUGCCGAAAUGGCCAAAAUACAGUGAGGGGUCGAAGGGGCUAAAUUUGGUGAUCCAAGCGCAGGGGAGAGGGUAUAAUGGAAGCUAUGUAGAGGAGGAUACAUAUAGGUUGGCGGGAAGGGAGUAUUUGACCAAAUGGGCGAGGAGGAGGCAUGUUUAA